AUGGCGAAGAGGGAGCUGCGGGAGGAUGAGGGUCGCUUCCAGGGCUACUUUCGUCUCUCCCGGGCCCAGUUUGACGACCUGCUGGCCCGCAUCGGUGCUCGGAUCACUCUCCAGGACACCAACUACAGACGCUCAAUUCCUCCUGAAGAGCGCCUGUCCAUCUGUCUCCGGUUUCUGGCCACUGGGGACUCCUACAGGACCAUCGCCAGCAGCUUCAGGGUGGGCAUUUCAACUGUCUCCCAGAUAAUCCCACAGGUGGUGACAGUCAUCUGGGAGAGCCUGGUGGAGGAGUUUAUGCCUGUUCCUGGAGCAGAGGAGUGGAGGUCCAUUGCGGAGGAGUUUGAGGAGCGAUGGAACUUUCCUCUGUGCUGUGGUGCUGUGGAUGGGAAGCACAUUCAAAUGAAGGCACCCCCCAACUCUGGCUCCCUGUAUUUCAACUACAAGUUGCACCAUUCCCUGGUCCUGCUUGCAGUUGUAGAUGCGAGAUACAGGUUCAGGGUGAUAGAUGUUGGAGGUUAUGGCAGAACCAGCGAUGGAGGGAUCUUUGCCAACUCCGCCUUUGGCCAGGCUCUGCGUGCAGGUACACUGGAUCUGCCUCCAAACCAGCACUUACCCGGAGCUGACCACCGAGGGUCCCAGCCUCAUGUGUUUGUGGCAGACGAGGCGUUUCCUCUUCGCCCCUACCUGAUGCGCCCCUUUCCUGGACGUGGUGGCCUAACCCUGGAGCAGCGCAUCUUUAACUACCGCCUCUCCCGGGCCCGGCUGGUGGUGGAGGAUGCGUUCGGGAUUUGGUCGUCCCAGUGGAGAAUGUUCCGCACUCUGCUGGAAAUCCACCCUGAAGUUGUUGAGAAAUGUGUGAAGGCGACGUGUGUUCUCCACAACUUCAUGAGGAUGUCUGCAGAUGGGCGAGCGCCUGCAUGCAGAGGAGCGGUGGAGCAAGAGGAGCCACUUCCAGGUGUGCGGCGGAUGGGGGCCAACAAUGCGACCCGAGACGCACUCAACACUCGAGAUGUGUUCAUGGCCCACUUCUGUGAGGAGGGAGCAGUACCGUGGCAGCCAGCAGAAUAG